GGACGAGUCUGUGGCGGCAGCAACGGCAAUGGCAUCAUUUCUAAAUGUUUUCGUUAAUUUCAUACGGCCGAGUUGUAUUCAGCUAGAAUAAGCGAGCCUUAUCAGUUAACGACCUGCUACGAAAGAAACAUUUUGUCUGGAUAGAGAUUUAAGAAGUUUAUUUAACAACAUGGAGGGAGGUGAUGGCCCUUCAGCCAUCAACAAUAAUCCUACUGCUAUCAAAGCCGCACAAGAAGAGAUGGGAAGGCUAGACGUUCUUGUAUGCGGACAGUGCCAUUCAGUUUUUCAUUUUAUCGAACAGUUUCAAGAGCAUCGUACAAAAGACGGUGCUUGUACUCAAGUUUCACAUUUUCGUGACAAUAGUACUAAUGAACAAAAAGCACAAGUGUGGGCUUUCCUUUUAUGGAAAGACUCACAAAAGGAUCAUCAGGACGGAUCAGGCGAUCGGGAUUCAACGAAUUCAUGGAAGCUGUAUCAAAAGUGGUGCAAAAUGGAUACGCACAUUCGGGAUUCCUGGAUCGCGGCUGGGAAAACGAUUCAAACGUUUACGAAAAUCAGUAAUGCGAAGAUGCAGGAAGUACCGAGGCAGAAUCAAAUAGGCACAGAAGGGAAGCCGAUAGUUGUUCGUAAGGUAAUAAGAAACGGUCAACCGGAAGACGAUAGUAAAAAGGACAAUAAAACUUUGGAAGCGAAGAAUCAAAAGAACGAAUCUGUAGAUGAAGUAGAAAAGAAGGAGAAGCCAAAGUUAAAACCGUCAAUAAAACCUAAGGGUAAAUCAACCAAACCUGACGACGAUAGGAAUUCAAGCGACGAAGAAUACACCGUAGAAAAGAUAUUAGCAAAACGAUUUAAUCCGAAGAAAAGAUGUUCAGAAUACCUACUAAAAUGGGAAGGUUAUGGGCACGAUCAAAACACGUGGGAACCCGCUGAACAUGUCGCGACUUGCAAAAAUUUGUUGGACGAAUUCGAAAGGAACCUCGCUAAACAGAAAGAAUUGAAAGCAGCUCAGCAGCAAGCUAAUGCGAAAGCAAUGGGACGUGGUCAGAUUCAAAAAACGAUUAUAAAAACAGAGGCCAAGCCCGGACCAAGUACUGCGGCUCAAGUAGGACGACCUAUGCGCUCAAGUAAAUCCAAAGCAAUGGAUCAAGUGAAGCAGUGGUGCGGCUCUAUGAAAGAUGAGGACAAUGAUCUACUAGGAAAGAGACGAAUGGAUUAUUCCGAAAGCGAUUCCGAGGAGGGUAGCAGCGCUGCCAAACGAACGAAAUGUGACACAGGUAGUGACGAAGACUGGACUGGAGAGUCCGAGGAGGAGAGAUUGUUGGGUCGAAGUGACGUGAUACAACGCGCGUUUAAUCGCGCGAACGCCCAAUCGAACGGUUCGAAUAAAGCGAGCGGUUCGUCUACAGAUCUUGCGACUUCUCUGGGGCUUCAAUCUCCCGAGGGAGCCAAAUCUAACCAACCUCCGGUAUUAGUCGCGAACGCCAAAGGGGUCGUAAAAGUAGACCCGAAGCAAGUGCCGAACUUAACGUCUGGCGUGUAUGUAAUGUCACGGAAAGAUGGUAUCAUCAAGCUGGAUUCUUCCCCUAGCGGAAAACUGGCCGUAAAAGGUUCGCCGACCCAGGGUGUUUUGAUGGUUCAAAAUCGAGAUAAUACUAACAUAGUGAGGAAGCAAGUAAUAUCUGCAUCGCAGUCGAAUUCAGUAACGCCGGUUAAAGUGGUAUCUAAAAUGGAUGGGGGUCAAGUAGUAACCCAGAUGAAAGUAGUUUCUAAGCCGAUUACGAGUAAAACAGGAGGUACACAGAAAACAGAGCCUAUAAAGAUCCAGCCGAAACCAGAUCCGACACAGUUACCGCAGAUACAUGUCGUGACCGCGGUGCCGGCUCCCAUAACUUUGCAACCAAGAAUAAGUACAGGAAUACGUCCUGGACCUGUUACAGGCCAACGCAGCGCGGACGGUCGUCCAUUGUUACCGAGACCCCCGCUGCGUGCGACCACACCAACUAGCGUACUCGGAAUCGGAUCGACGAUUCGCACGCCUGUCAGGGCGCCGGCUCCGCGACAAGUUCAGACCCAGCAAACGCGUCAGGUGCUACAAAAACGUACGACGCCCGUGACCACCACGCAAACGAACUCGGUGAGUCCCGGAAAUGUGACACAGAUCAGACCCAAGUUCACGGUGGUUAGUCCGCAACAGCAGAAGCAAGUGGUUAAGCCUGGAAAUAGUCCAGUGCAACAACAGGUGAAACAAUCGCCGAAGACACCAGUCGGUAAGCCACAGUCAUUAUUAUCUCCGCAGCAAAAGUUAUUAAUGGCAAAAAGGAAAGCUCAAGAAGCAGCAGGUAUCAUUAAACCAGGUGGCCGUGGCCUCCUAGCAGCCGCCCGAGGCGCUGUUGGACGAGGCAGAGGUAAACUGACCGAGACGACAGCGGUAGCAGCCGCUGGGUCAGCUAACAAACCGAAAGAGAGUAAACUGGCUGAGGGCGACGGUCUUCAUAUGGAGUUCCACGAGGUAGGCUCCGAAGAGAGUAGCAGCGAUGGCGAGCCAGAGCUUCCGCCUCCCGAGACCGAUACAAUCGCGACCACGGAGCCCGACAGUCCGCCCAGGCCGUUCACUUUGUGCCCGUUGACUGGUCGUAUUAUCGGACCAGAUGGCGAACCCGUUGAGCAACCAGCUGAACCGGAACCAGAGCCUGAAUCCGAACAGACCACGACCCCGUUGUCCACCGUUAAAACCACCACCGCUACAGCCGAGAGUAUAGACGUGAAUGCCACGACCACUACUACGGAAUUGGUUCUACCUUCCCUCGACUCUCUCACGGAUGGCAGUGGAAUAAUGAGAGUCGAGAUGAGCCCUGGUGGCACCACGGGCACGAUCGUUCAGACGAGUGAACCCGCGCAGAUAAACUUAACAAACGUUCCAGCCCCGGAUCUUCCUUGCUUGGACGAUACAGCUCCCGCUGUAGUGACACCGACCACGACCGCGGCACCUGCUUUAACGGAACCGACUACCAGCAGCGAAUCUUCCAUAGCCGCGGCAUUGACAACAGCUACUGUCACUUCGACCAGCACGAUGGCAAUCGCGUCUACCGAUAUAGUUAAAACCGAGGAUAAGAUCUCGGAGGAGAGGAAAGUGGCUGCCGAAGACACGUCGAAUCUGGUGACGAUAACGGGCGAGGAUGGUGUAGUUUACCAAGUGGCUGGACAAGCUGAGGAUGGUCAGACGUUACUGGUGACGCGGGACGCCGAUGGCGAACAACAAUGUGUGUAUGUCACCACGGAACAGCAAGGAGACGAAGGAUCCGUAUUGACGUUGGAUCACGCCGUGGCGGAAGCCGUAGCUCAACUGAUACCCGAUCAAGUAAACCUGGCCUCGCAAUUUUACGUAAAGGAGGGAGGAACGGAACCUACAGAAAAUCCGAUGGUCAUGUCCAUCAUGGACAACACGAACUCUGCGGACGUAACGGAGGGACAAGAAGACGCCGACGGGCACGGCCAAGUCGUAGCUCAAGUCGUACAAGCGGAAGAUCCCACACCAGGUGGCACUAGAAGAGUGGUUCUACUUCUACCAGACGGUAACCUGAUGAUGACUGAGGUAACGGAGGAACAGUACGCCGCGCUGGGACUCGGCAAGUGAAAGGACUCAUAAAUGUUUGAUAUCGUAUGAAAGAAAUAUCUGACGAUUAUGCAUCGAACCAUAAACAAUUAACAAAUGGAAGUUGUACGCUUAAGGGGUGACCGUGGGUUGUAUAUAUGUAAGAACGUUCACUUCGUACAAUUGCAAAUGAAUACAAAUAUUUCAUUGUUUUUCCAACUAAACCAGAACACAUCGUGAACUGAACUAAACACGCAGACACACACUUACAUACACACACGUGACACACUUACGUAGCAGGUGUACUAUAAAAUGAAGAAAAAUAAACAAAAAAAGAAAUCAUGCAGGUUGCAAAAUACAGACAUCUAGCAGUUAGAUUAACGGAUAAACAACUAUGUUUUAGAAAUUCAUGUUUCAGUGUAAAAUCCGUCAGAAUUUUAAUUUUUACUUGUUUUAAUUUAUAAAAGGUUGGAGAGAACAAGUGAAUGCUUAACGUAACAGACAUCCGCGUAAACGAAAAUGCUAAUGCUAAAUCAUUAUACGUUUUCAGCUAAGCAUUGUAUUUGUAGGAUAGUAAAGUAUAAUCUGGGGUUUUAUAUUUUCCACACAGUAACUGUCUUUUAAACAAGAUCUUUAUCCUCCCGCAUACAAAGUCCAAGCUUAUAUUUCCAGUCAUGAGAGAAGUAUAGCGAUGAAUCAAUUAUUAAAAAAAUACAAAAGUCAAACAAUCGGCUCUUCGCUAUGUAAAUUGUAUUAUAAAAAGACGAAACCGAAAAUUCAAUUAAACCUGUUGGGUCGAAUCUUUACUACGAAGCUUGAACCUAGUUUGACUCUUACAUUAGUUUGAUAUCCCUCAUCGUACAAGACGGACUUGGAUAAUAACAGUUUCUCUUCUAGUUCGAUUCGCGCCGGUGUACGGAGAUUUGUACAUCGGGCUCAUAAAACGCGUAUCUUUUCGUCUUGCGUUCUGUGGACUGUGUAUGCUUACUCUUGAUAGAUUAAAAUAAGUGCACUCUCUUAUAAAACGGAUAAACACGUAAUUUCUAAACCUAUAAGGCUAAAGCUAACUCGAAGGAAGUAAAGGAAAAUAUAUACAUAAAACAAAUACAGUGUUGUUUAAAUGGAAACAUGACGCGCGUCUCAUUAUUAUAAAGCCCAUUCCGAUUCCUUUUUGCAGGUUGCUCGAUAAUUAUACACUAGCUAAUCAAUGAUCCUCGCUUUACUAAACUGUAAGCUUUCGUUAAAUCAAUUUUUUUUAUGUGUUAGACGGGGAGAAUUUGCGUGAACGUUGUUCCCAUGUAUCGCGAUUUGAAUCAUGUAUCGAGAAUAACCAGAAUCUUCCCGUUUCUAUCAUAUUGUACAAUAAUCUGUAAUGUCGUAAAGAAAAAAAAAUAAUGCAUACAAUGUUUAUGCAAAUUAUUACAAUUAUGAAUUUAGUACGUAUAUACGUAUGGCAUAACUGUAAGAAUCAUGAUGAUAAGUAUAAAUAAGUGUACCUUAUUGUGAUUGUAAUCGUGAUUACGAUUAGGGUUGAACUAGAUUCAAGCGAUCUUUUUUUCUUUUUAAUUGUAAGCAGUCUGACACAUGCAAUAAAAUAUAAAGAAAGAACUGCACUUGAAUAGAACGAUUAUUGAUUAUUAUAUCUCGGUAUAAGAAGAAACUAUUUUGCACGAUGUACGGCCAGGGAUAUAAAAUCCUAGUAUUUUACUAACGUAAUCAUUUUGUAUAUAGAACUUCAUUCUCUAAACCUUUAUAUAAAAGAAUUGUUUCCAAAUAAACCAUAGUCUUAAAAUU